CGCUUAACGCAGAACCACCAUCUUCCUUACGACCUCAUGACUUAGAACUCGGGCUAUCUCGUCUCAUACUUGCACUCAUCUCGUAUAUCGCUUGUCUGAUUAUCUCCAUCUUGCUGCUGGACUUUAUUCCGGCCCUAAUAUUCACGCACGCAGCACCAUCUCUACUCUCUGACGUGAACACUCUUGAGAAUUGCUGAUUCGCGUUCGACCUUGGUGAGGUUCUUUGACCCAGAACUUUGCAGAACCAUUCAUUCUUGAGCAAAACCUCCCCUACAACAUGGGCCAUGCGCAGAGUCUCAUCCGGACUAGUGGUGCAUUGGAUUCGUUUGUAGCAGAAUUGGGCCCUGAUGUGAUCUACGAGAGGAGUAUGGGAUCCGCGCGUUUCUUAAAGACCGUCAAAUGUCGCCACAAGAAUGGAUACCUCGUGGUGAAGAUCUUCAUUAAGCCUGACCCGGGACUGAGCCUCCGGAAGUACCAUAGGAGGCUGAAAGUCGAGCGUGAUGCACUUGCGGACAUCCCCAAUGUUUACACAUACCAAUCCUUCGUCGAGACAGACAAGGCAGGAUAUCUCAUCCGGCAAUGGGUGGCAAGUAGCCUUUACGAUCGCAUAAGUACCCGACCUUUCCUCUCUCACAUCGAGAAGAAGUGGCUUGCAUACCAGUUACUCACCGCGCUGCGCGACGCUCGGAACCGCAAAGUCUCCCACGGCGACUUGAAGACGUCCAAUAUUCUCAUCACAUCCUGGAAUUGGCUCCUAGUCUCGGACUUUGCGCCGCACAAGCCUGCAUACCUCCCGCUGGACGACCCGGCCGACUUCUCAUUCUUCUUCGACACGAGCGGCCGGCGGACGUGCUACAUCGCGCCGGAGCGCUUCUAUUCCGCGGAGGAGAAUCCAGAGGCGAGCAGGCGGAGGGAGAAGGAGCGCGAGGGAGAAGGAAAGCGUGAGGGCAGGGUCACCGAGGCCAUGGACUGCUUCAGCGCAGGCUGCGUACUCGCAGAGCUGUUCCUCGAAGGCACGCCGCUCUUCUCGCUGAGCCAGCUUUUCAAGUAUCGUGCAGGGGAGCUGAAUGUUGAUGCGCAGUUGGCCGCGAUUGAUGAUGAGGGCGUGAGGGACUUGACCAAGUCGAUGAUUGCCAUUGACCCGUCGCAGAGACCGACGUUCGACAGUCUGUUGCACAACGCAAGAGGGACAGUCUUUCCAGAGAUGUUCUACUCCUUCCUGCAUAACUACGUUGCCUCCGUGAACGAACUGUCGAGCCCCUCUCCGUUCUCCUUCCCCAACCACUCACACCCUUCCACAACUGCACCCACGCCAACGAACACGACCCCUACGACCGCAAAGCCGCCAGUACUCCCUAAUGCUGCACACCCAGUGCUAUCUGGUGACGGUGACCGGCUGACAGACCAACUACCGAGCGACUCUGAUCACCGAAUGGAGCGCUUGUGGUCUGACUACGAGAGCGUAGAGCCGUAUCUGCUGCCAGCCGUGGAACUGGGAGAUCUGGCGGAUACUGUCAAAGAUCCCGUCAGGAUAGAGUUCGCGACGCCCAAUGUGGUUGGGAAACCGGUGCAGGAUAUCUUUCCCGUGGAGCUAGAGGUCCCGAAUCGGGACAGUAAACUCUUGAAGGGGUAUGGAGACGGUAGAAAGGCUGCUAAAGAGGCUGUUUCAGAUGGGCCUGCACUGAUCCUGUUAGCGCUGCUUACGGCCAACAUACGCAACUGCAAUCUGCCCUCGUCGAAGCUCAAAGCGUUGGAUGUUUGUCUCGCCCUGGCACCUCUCCUCACGGACGAGGCGAAGCUCGAUCGCAUGGUGCCCUCCAUCGUGGAACUACUUUUAGAUGAUGCUCCAGCUGUUCGUGCGGCUGCAAUUCGAACGUUGAUGCAGAUACUGAUGCUGGUGACUGUGAUUACACCCUCAAAUGCCUCCAUCUUCCCCGAGUACAUUAUCCCUGCCUUAAGCCCGCUUGUACGCGAUCCGGAGGUGUCUGUGAGAUGUAUGUAUGCACAGUGUGUAGUAGCACUUGCGGACACAGCUGUGCGAUACCUCGAAAUGGGACAGGCCCUUCGAGCGCACGGUGCGUACAAGAUUGGCGCGACGGCAGCCCUCACAGAAGGACAAGACUAUGACGAGGCGCACUUUGAGGUAUCUUACGACGCCUCAAUGCAAGAACUGCAGAACGCCGUGCAAGAGCAGCUCUCAGCCCUGCUAGUCGACCCCUCUCCUGUCGUGAAGCGGUCAAUCCUGCACAAUAUCUCCGCCCUGUGCAUCUUCCUCGGCAAGCAGCGCACGAACGACGUGCUCCUCAGCCAUAUGAUCACGUACCUCAAUGACCGUGACUGGUUGCUGCGCUACGCCUUCUUCGACUCGAUAGUCGAGGUCGCGGCAUGUGCGGGUGGAAGGAGUCUUGAAGACUACAUCCUGCCACUGAUGAUACAAGCGUUGUCUGAUAUCGAAGAGACGGUUGUCGCGAGGGUGCUGGCAUCCUUGCGGAGCUUGUGUGAGCUCGGCCUCUUCCAGAAGAUGCGCAUAUGGGAGCUGCUCAGCGCAACUCUGGCAUUCUUGUUCCACCCAAAUAUCUGGAUUAGACAAGGCGCAGCAGCGUUUAUCGCGGCCGCAGCCAAGCAUCUGCCACCAAGCGAUGUGUGGUGCAUUUUGUACCCGUCGCUUAAGCAUUUCCUGCGGUCUGACAUACAGGACGUGGACGAGCGGAGCUUGUUGCUGGCGCUUAAGCCCCCACUAUCUCGACACAUCUUCGAUGCUGCAAAAUCCUGGGCGAAGGCCGCUGACAAGUCCGUCUUCUGGAGAACGCAAAGAGCCGCAAGAUCGGAUUCUCCCAAGGACAGCUUGGCAUCGGUGAAGCCAAAUGCAGCAUCACGAUCGAAGUCUGAGGAGGAUGAUGCCCAAAUGACGAAGUUGCAGCAGCUUGGGAUGACAACAGCGGAUGAGGGCAAACUCCAUGCAAUGCGCGACUUCGUCUCGAAGCUCGCUCGUAAUAUCGCAAGUUUUGAGACUAGAGUGCGCGUCGAGCCAGAGGUUGAGGGGCUCAAGGUCUCCAGUACCAUCGAACUUCAAAAGCUUGGGGUGGUCCCACAAACAGUCUUCUUGAAGGCACCCAGCGAUAAUGCCACUGCUAUGCGAUCUGCAAAACCAAUGCUGGCUCAGCGUGCUAUAUCUGACGCAGUGCGAAGCCCUGUGCUAUCGGGAACACCUCGUUCGAACCGCACUAUGAGUGCAGACUUCAAUCUGGGCGCUCCGGGCACGCCUUUCGAGGACCUCCGACGUAGACUCGCUAUCAUUAAUGGUUCGACAACAUCUCUGUCCGUUCCACCAACAGCACGCGACGUCCGCAGUCCCACUGCUCCAGUUGCAGAGAGUCUUUCCCCCACAAGCUCGAACACCGCUGUGUCUGACGUACCACUUGAGCGUCCGAGCAGUCCAACGGACUCGGUUACCUCUGGUGCUAACUCGUCCUUCCGCACACAUCGACUGCAGAUUGGAAGCACGGACGGUCAGAAGGCACCGCCUGCAGUUGGAUCAUCGAAGGCGAAUGCCACGGGUUUGCUGGAGUCGCUUUCAAAACUGCGGGACGGCUCUCCCGAGCGUUCGGGCAGGUCGUCACCUGUCUCUGUUGCCGGUACCAUCCGAGGGGAACGUCCGCGGAUAUCCACCUCGGUGCCUAUCUCGACUUAUGACGGCCAAGAACCUGGAAUCAGUAACCUGCUCGAGCAUAUGUACCUCGAGAACAACCGCGAUCUGCACGCAGACUUUGGGCCUCGUGUGCACGAAGGGCCGGUCCGCCGGAGGAACGCUGCUCGACAUAGCUACAUGCCCCGAGAUGGCAGCAACCGCCGCCUCGAGACGGCGCUUAUUGCCAACCUCAGCUCGCAUACAGACGCGGUCACCGGUCUGUCUGUCUCGCCGGACCAUAUGUUCUUCGUCUCUGCGUCUGACGACAAGACGGUGAAGGUCUGGGACACAGCGCGGCUCGAGCGUAAUGUGACAAGCAAGCCACGGCACACGUACAACCAGCAUCAUGCACGGGUCAAAGCUAUAUGCUUCGUCGAGGCUACACAUUGCUUCGUUAGUGCGGCGGAAGAUGGAAGCGUACACGUCGUACGAGUACAUGUGAGCGGGAACCAGGGGCCAGGCGCCGGGCUGCCGAAAUAUGGGAAGUUGCAGACUAUCCGGGAGUAUCGAUUGGAUGUCCCAGGACAGUAUGUAACAUGCAUGGCUCAUUAUAACACCGCGACUGCAUCCAAUUUACUUUUCGGUACCACGCAUUCAGUCAUCACCAUCUUGGAUCUACGCACAACACGCGUGCUCCGAACGAUGGAAAACCCACGACACUAUGGUCCUAUCACAUGUCUCUGUCUCGACCGCAAGCGUACGUGGGUUGUGUGCGGCACGUCUACGGGCGUCCUGUCGCUGUGGGAUCUCCGGUUUGGCAUCCUCAUCAAGAGCUGGGAAACCGGGGCCGCGGCGCGAGGCAUGUCGGCGUGCAUACACCAAUGCGUCGUGCAUCCGACGAAGGGCAAGGGUAGAUGGGUCGUUGUCGCUCUCGAGGGUGCAAAGAGUGCGAGAAGCGUCGGUGCCGGAGGCACAGUGCCUGAGGUGACAACUCUUGUCGAAGUCUGGGACAUCGAGAAGUCGGCGCUCGUCGAGACAUUCGUGACGCGUUCUGCGCCUGUGCCCUCCGCGCUUAUGCCACAGCCGCAAGAAGUCACAGCGCAGAGCGCGGAAGCAAGCCCCGCAGCCGCCAUCGCGGCGCUCGUGCGUGCGCGGCAAGACGGCACGAGCGCCCCCGCCGAUUUCGUGUCGUCGCGGCGGAGGGGCAGCGGCGCGGCACCGAUCCCCAUGCCUGUGGAGGCGCCGUCGCCGGACGUCCACGCGCUCGUGCUCGGCUCCGAGUUCGGCGGCCAUGGUGCGUUGUACCGCUCCCCAAUGGCAGAGCUCGACAACGGCUCGCUGGGGCGCGGCGCCGGGCGCGGGUUCAUGCUCUGUGGGUCCGAAGACCGCAGGAUCCGGCUGUGGGAUUUGGAGAAGACAGAGCGCUCAGCGGUGCUCAGCGGGCCUGACGCAGAGAGCGAAAAGCCGGUGUACAGCGCCGUGCAGUCGGACGGCGGGUCGGCGUUGGCGUAUGUCGAAACGUGGGUCAGCUCGCCGAGCGCAAGCCAAGCCAGCCGCCCGCCGCAGCGGCUGUCACUCAUCAACCACAGCCAGCAGAACCUAUUAAAGGCCCACCAAGACACCAUCAACGCCCUCGUGUGCAUCGACUCGCCCUUUCGCGGAGGCAUUGUCAGCGGCGACCGCGCGGGCAUAAUCAAGGUGUGGCGAGUCGAGAGUGCCGAGUGAUAUGAUACCCCUGCGAAUAUCUAGAUAGAUACUGUAACAGCACCACGUUGUCCUUGGAAUGUAGUCAUUAUAAGUGCUAAAAUUGCAAAGAUCCUGGGAAAGACCCUGAGAAGACCGAAUGAUACACGGAAGCUGAGUAGUGGUGUUGGUACAACAGGAGAUGGAAGGAAAGGGGUGAUGGUGAUUAAC